UCUUCCCUUCAGUCAUGUAGCCACCACUUGUCUAGCACUAAUUUCUAAUAUCUUCACUCUGAUGCAUACUCUCCUUACGCCGCCACUACUGCCGCCAUGCGCAUUCCACUUUUCCGCAUCUGGUACUCGACCACUUAUACCGCUCUUCUCAUAGUCCUACUCAUACUCCUCGCCGUCACCCCCGCCGAUACCAUCUAUCAGUCGAUUAAGAAGAAAGAGAUACAGAAACUCUUCGUUAUUGGCGGCGUUUAUCUGCUCACAUGUCUGAUUGUGUUGUUGAUCUAUUCGACGCGCAUCUACACCAAUAGGACGGUGCUUGCGGCGAUACCAAAGAGCUAUGUGCCGAUCGAAGAGGGGGAAGUGGGCAAAGGGGUGAGGAGGAUGGUAGUCGAGCAGUUCAAGCGAAGCGCCGUUAUUGCGUGGGACAGCAGGCCGCGGGAUAUCCGGGAUGAGGACGUGGACGCAGAGAAAGGGGAGCUGUCGCGCCAAAUCACAGCGGAGAGCAGAAAGGAAAAGGAAAAAUCGCACAAAAAGAAGGGACACCAUCAUGCGCCUGAUGCGACGAUCAUUCCAGUCUCUGCCAGUUCACCCCCUUGGGGGCAUGUCUCGCAUCCUGGCUGGGCUUCUCCUUCGUCGCCCGACCUGCCGAAUUUACAGUACUGGAGCGUCAUCUGCGAGCUGCCCAACCUCAUUGAGGCCAAAGCUGUGUCUCUCGCACCACCCGAUCCCGUCCUCGAAGACAGCAUGCAACAAUACCCUGAUAAUGCGCCGCCUCUACCAGACGCGCGAAUCGUCACCCUCCUGCAGCGACCGCGUGCAAUGGGUUUACGAGAGUACCUCGCCCGUCUAUCAGAAUUUGGACUACUCAAUCCACCGUCCCUCGGCCCCACGUUCCUCGCCCAAUACGAAUACGCGCGCUUCUCCACAGCCAGCCUUACCGAAACGCAAUUCCGAGACAUCAUGGCCAUAUUUGCAGAGAUACUCAACGGCAUGAGAGAAGUGGACCCCGAAGUCAUAGAGGAGGCGCGCGCGCAGGAUAUGGAAUCAGAUACACGCAGUCUGGCCCCCACGGAAUCGAGCUCUGAGACGAGCAGCUCAUCGCAUUCGCACGAACCCUACCGCACCCCACAGCUUGGCCGUCAGCCCUCCCAGUUAUCCUUCAAUAGCUCCAUGUCUACAUCUAGCAGCGACUCAACCACACAUUCGCCCCAAACCGCUCGCACAGCGCCCUCCCGACAGCCACACCGCACCUCGACAAUAUUCGGUACACCCUCACAACGAUCGUUGGCAGGCUCAGAGUCGGAGACGGGGUCGGUCGUGGUUCACGGGAGGCCGCAAAGAAGUCCAAGUACUCUGCUGCCAAACUCGAGCACCAGUUCCUUUGGGAGCGCUGGGAGUGUGAUCAGGUUACACCCGAACCCCAGCGAGGGCGAGCUGCCAUACCAGUAUACUAUCGACGCAGGCUGAAGCAUAGACAUUGGAAAGUCGGUUCACAAGUAAACACUACAUAGCCCAGGCAAACGCAGUUGCGGCUUCUGAAGCGCAAGGCCGGAAAGGCAGCGCCAUAAAGAAGGGAUGGGCACACCAGCUGCUGAUCAUGCACAAGACAGGGCAAGUCAGGCACUCAAUAAAGAGUAUCCUUGAUCCCGACGAGUUUGCAGCCGUGGUACGAGAUGGGGUAGGAGUGCGUCGUCGUCGUCAUGUAAUACGCAGGGGCAUUAUUCGGGUUAAUAUUCAUGAUGUUCUAU